GGCAGCAGCAGCGAAGGCUCGGGACUUCUAAAGCCCCCUGAUCCGAUGAUUUAUGUGCCUCCUUUCACAGUAGAUGCUGUCACUGGUGCCACCACAGUCACUGUGAAUUUCAACCACUCUUCUUUCCACACUCCUACAUCACCUACAACUACACCUACAACCAUACCUACAUCUACACCUACACCUACAACCAUACCUACAACUACACCUACUCCUACUUGUUGUAUUACUACAACUACUAGGCCUACACCUACAACUACACCUACAACUACACCUACACCUACAACCAGACCUAUAACUACAACUACACCUACAACCACACCUAUACCUCCUACACCUACACCUACAACCACACCUACAACUACUACGCCUUGUUGUGACAAUACACCUACACCUCCUACACCUACAACUACUACGACUUGUGACAGUACACCUACACCUACACCUCCUACGCCUACAACCACAGCUACACCUGCAACUACUACGCCUUGUUGUGGCACUACGCCAUCUCCAUCAACACCAAACCCUGUUACACGAACAAUUCCUCCCUCAAAGAGCCAGUUUAUGUGUCCUAAUGGAUGGGAGGUGUUCCAGGGACUUUGCUACUACUUUGAGAAUGAGGGCAUGACCUGGCCUCAGGCUCAGUCCAACUGUGCCAUGCUUGAGUCCAGGUUGGUCUCCGUCCACAGUAUUCAGGAGUACGCUUUUCUCCAGCAGUUCACCAACAAUAAUGGAUGGGCAGACGCUUGGCUGGGCGGUUUCUACCUACAGGACAACUGGUUGUGGCUUGAUGGAUCCUGGUUCUAUAACAACAGCUGGAGCAUCGAGUCCCCAGACAGCAGCAACCCCUGCCUACUGCUUAAUUCUAAUGAGGGAUGGAGCAAUUCCCCAUGCAACUCUGGUGGCUUUUCCUCCAUCUGUGUAAAGAACUCCAAUGUCCCAGCAGCGAUGGUGUGUCCUGAAGGCUGGACGGGGUUCCAGGGCCGCUGUUACUACUACAACUCUGACUCUCUGACCUGGCCUGAAGCUGAUUCUAACUGCGCUGAUCUCGAUGCCAGCCUGGUCUCAGUCCACAGCCGUGAGCAGUAUUACUUCCUCUAUCAGCAAACUGUUGCUAAUGACAUCUCUCCAGCCUGGCUCGGUGGAUUCUAUCUUGAGGGCCAGUGGCUGUGGCUCGAUGGUUCCUGGUUCUAUGAGGGAUUCUUUGAUCAGAUGUCUCCGGAAAGCACCAACUCGUGCCUUUCAACAUUCAAUGCUGAUGGUUGGAGCAAUUAUGACUGUGAUAACACCUUCCCUUCGUUUUGUGUGAAGUAUGAGGCUGUGUGAAGGAUGCACUUUGAAUCUACAACCCACACAGACAGGACAGACAGAGUGAUGGAAUAUAUUAGUCAAGUAUUAUUCGAAUCCAAAUGUAUUCUUACCAAAAUUGAAAAGUACUGUAUCUGUCUUGUGCACAUUUUCCAGAGAAAUUAAAGAAUAAUUUAUCAUCCCAGA